AUGCCGAAAAAGAGACGCAAUGGUGGUAGAUCCAAACACGGGAGGGGCAAAGUCCCCUCAAUUAGGUGUUCAAAUUGUGGAAGAUCUGUUCCCAAGGAUAAGGCAAUUAAGCGCUUCAAUGUGCGUAACAUUAUAGACGCAUCAUCACAAAGAGAUAUUAAGGAAGCUUCUGUUUAUACUACCUUCAACUUGCCCAAAUUGUACAUAAAACAAUGUUAUUGUGUUUCUUGUGCUAUCCACUCUAGAGUGGUUAGGGUUAGAUCUGUUACUGAUAGGAAGAUCAGAGCCAAUCCUCAAAUGAGACCUCAAGUGCAGUUAAAGUUGCAACUCCCACAGCACAAAGAUGAUUGA